UCACCCUGAGUGGCCGGAGCCGCUGGCAGAGUGACCAGCGGGGUGUGUCCGCGACCCUCAACUCGCUGCUAGCGGGGCCGGACCCAGACAGGGGGCGUUGAACAGCACAGGAACAGGCCCUUCGGCCCAGAGUGUCUGUGCCGAACGUGAUGCCAAGAAACCAUCUAAUGUACCUCCAUAUGCCCCAUUGCCUCUAUGCCCAUCUGCCGCGGCACCACCCUCUGUGUAAAAAUACAUUUGCACUGCACAUCCCCUUAACCCCCUUCCCUCCACCCUCUCGUCUUAAAACUAUGUCCUCUAGGUUUACAUAUUUCCACCUAUCUACCGUAUCUAUGCCUGCCAUAAUUUGCAAUACUCCAACAUUCCAGAGAAAACCCAAGUUUGUUCAACCUCCCCCUGUAGCUCAAACCCUGUAAUCCGGCAUCAUUCCGACAAACCUCCUCCAAAACUUCCCCGUUCACUCUGUAACGGGCCGACCAGAACUGUACAGAGUGCACCCAGAGACCGCGCCUGUCCACUGGUUUAGGACCAGCCUGCCCAGUGGACAGGCGCUGGAAACAGGAACCCGGCAACGUGGGGUUCCGAGACUAGUCGCACGCUCACCAGUAGCACAACAGCCGCCUGUAAGUUUAGAAAGCAAACUUUAUUAUGCAACUCAGUUCAGUCUGCCUGUAACUAAACAAUUCUCCCUCUGUGUGUGUGUGUGUGUAUGUGCAUCUCUGUGUGUGUAUCUGUGUGUGUGUGUGUAUAUUUGUGUGUAUAUCUGUGUGUGUGUGUGUGUGUGUGUCUGUGUGUGUAUCUGUGUGUGUGUGUAUCUGUGUGUGUGUGUAUAUUUGUGUGUAUAUCUGUGUGUGUGUGUGUGUGUGUGUGUGUGUGUGUGUCUGUGUGUGUAUCUGUGUGUGUGUGUAUCUGUGUGUGUAUGUGUGCGUGUGUAUCUGUGUGUAUGUAUCGGUGUGUGUAUGUGUGUAUCUGUGUGUGUGUAUCUGUGUGUGUGUAUCGGUGUGUGUGUGUAUCUGUGUGUGUGUAUGUGUGCGUGUGUGUAUCGGUGUGUAUGUGUGUAUCUGUGUGUGUGUGUGUAUCUGUGUGUGUGUGUGUAUGUGCAUCUCUGUGUGUGUGUAUGUGUGUGUGUGUGCAUCUCUGUGUGUAUAUCUGUGUGUGUGUGUGUGUGUGUGUAUGUCUGUGUGUGUAUCUGUGUGUGUGUGUAUAUGUGUGUGUGUGUGUGUGUGUGUGUAUAUAUGUGUGUGUCUGUGUGUGUGUGUGUGUGUGUGUAUGUGUGUGUGUGUAUGUGUGCGUGUGUGUAUCUGUGUGUGUAUCGGUGUGUAUGUGUGUAUCUGUGUAUGUAUCUGUGUGUGUCGGUGUGUGUGUGUGUGUGUGUGUAUCUGUGUAUGUGUACGUGUGUGUAUGUGUGUAUCUGUAUGUGUGUAUUUGUAUGUGUGUAUAUAUGUGUGUGUACGUGUAUCUCUGCGUAUCUCUCUGUCCCUCAGCGAGGCUGUUGGUCCACUGCAUACUGGGGAUGAGCCGCUCGGCCGCUCUAGUGCUGGCCUACCUGAUGAUCUAUGGACAACGGUCUCUGCUCCACGCCAUUCACAGGGUCAUUCUCUACAGACCCAUCUCACCCAACCGCGGCUUCCUGCAACAGUUACGCAACCUGGACAUGGAGUUAAGCGCAAAGAAGCCGCAGCGUUUGCGGGAAGAGUUACAUGAUCCUGUGACGAUCGUGGGGUCGCUGUCCGGGGCUGCCGCGACCAAGGAGGCGACUGACUGCCCGCAGUGACGACCUCGUCUGCAUUUAACACCUGCGGAUUCACGGUGCCUCCUCUAGAAUAUCAGCAGUCACCCCCCCCCCCCCCCCCCCCCCCC